AUGGGGUAUUAUUCCGAGUCAGUUAUGUGGCUCCGGACUUUGUGCUUGUGUUUUGUUUUGACCGCUGUCUGCUUUGUGAUGAGCUGUCAACGAGCAAGUGGAGAGGUUUGUCCAAGCAAGGACAUCCGCAACAAUGUGACCAAUCUACAUACGCUAGAGAACUGCACCGUGAUCGAAGGCCACCUGAAGAUCUUACUCAUGUUCAGGACCAAGCCCGAAGAUUUCCGAGGCCUCAGUUUUCCCAAACUGACAGUGGUCACUGACUACCUGUUGCUCUUCAGAGUUUACGGCCUGGAGACCCUCAGCGAUCUCUUCCCCAACCUAACUGUCAUCAGAGGCAAUAACCUGUUCUUCAACUAUGCCCUAGUAAUGUUCGAGAUGCUCCAACUGCGAGAGAUCGGCCUCCAUAGCUUGAUGAACAUCACCCGAGGAGCCGUGAGAAUUGAGAAGAACCCAGAUCUCUGCUAUCUCUCCACUCUGGACUGGUCCAAGAUCCUGGACACAGGGGAGGACAACUACAUCAUGGCUAACAAGAACGACAGAGAGUGUGGAGACGUCUGCCCCGGGGCGGCCAGUGGAAAGACCACCUGCCAGACCACCACCAUCAACGGACACUUCAGUGAACGCUGCUGGACUCAGAACCACUGUCAAAGAAUGUGCCCUGUUCAUUGUAAACAUCGAGCCUGCACCAAGGACGACCAGUGCUGCCACGACCAGUGCCUGGGCGGCUGCCGGAAGCCCCACUCAUCCAGCCACUGCGUGGCCUGCCGCGGCCUCCAGCACGAGGACAGUUGUGUUGAGCGCUGCCCUGAAAAUCACUUCACCUACAAAGGCUGGCGCUGCGUCUCCUUCGCCUUCUGCCAGGAUCUCCACAACAGAUGCAAGCGGGAGAAGGAGCACAGCAAGAACCCCGACUGCCACGAGUAUGUCAUACACAAUGGUGCCUGCAUCCCUGAGUGUCCCUCUGGCUACACGACCAUCAACUCCUCCGCGCUCAACUGCACUCCCUGUGCAGGGCUGUGUCCCAAGGUAUGUAUGGGUUUAAAAACUGUGGACUCAGUCACUGCUGCCCAGGCUUUGAGAGGCUGCACAGUUCUCAACGGGAGCCUGGUCAUCAACCUGCGGGGAGGAAACAACAUAGCAGCUGAACUGGAGGCCAGUCUGGGCCAGCUGGAGGAGAUCACUGGCUACCUGACAGUGCGACGUUCCUACGCCCUCGUAUCCCUCUCUUUUUUCCGCAAACUCCGUGUUAUUCGUGGAGAGGAACAGGAAAUCGGGAAUUACUCAUUCUAUGCCCUGGACAACCAGAACCUGCGGCAGCUCUGGGAUUGGUCCAAACACAAGCUGACCAUCCUGCAGGGACGCAUGUUUUUCCACUACAACUCCAAACUCUGCAUGUCUGAGAUCCGCAAGAUGGAGGAAGUGACUGGGACCAAAGAGCGGCAAGUCAAGAACGACAUCGCCUCCAAGACCAAUGGAGACCAGGCCUCAUGUGAGAACCAUGUGUUGAAGUUUACCCUGAUUCGAACCAUGAGCGAUAAGAUAAUGGUCAAGUGGGAACCCUUCUGGCCUUCAGACUUCAGAGACCUGCUGGGCUUCAUGGUGCUCUACAAAGAAGCACCUUUUCAGAACGUAACCGAGUUUGACGGGCAGGAUGCCUGCGGCUCCAACAGCUGGGUGAUUGCUGACGUAGACCCUCCUCGUCGAGCCACAGAGGGGGACAAAGAGCAGUUAGAACCAGGUCAUCUCAUCCUACCACUGAAGCCCUGGACGCAGUACGCCAUUAUGGUGAAAACCCAGCUCUCUGCCUCUGAUGAGCACCAGGUCCACGGAGCCAAGAGUGAGAUCAUCUAUGUUCGCACCAACGCCACCAAACCCUCAGUCCCACUGGACCCCAUUUCCUCGUCCAACUCUUCCUCCCAGAUCAUCCUCAAGUGGAAACCUCCCAACGACCCCAACGGCAACAUCACUCACUACCUGGUCUUCUGCCAGCGCCAGCCUGAAGCCAGCGAGCUUUACAAGUUUGACUACUGUCAAAAGGGGAUGAAGUUGCCGUCACGAGUGCCCACUCAGGUUGACAGUGACGAGGAGCAGAAAUGGAACCAGACGGAGGAGCAGGGCCCGGGGACACGAUGCUGCGCCUGCCCCAAAACCGACAAGGAGCUCAAGAAGGAGAAAGAGGACUCAGAGUACCGCAAAACCUUUGAGAAUUAUCUCCACAAUGAAGUCUUUGAGAUCAAACGCUCAAGAGAGCGACGCUCUGUGGUGGGCAUCGCCAACCAAACACAACCCUUCCUCACCACUGCCCCCAGCCCUCCCCAGGGCACAGGCAUCCCCGAGGACGAGGAAACCUUUGAAAGCACAAAGACAGUGGUUACCGUCCACGCCCACGCCAAGGAGUCCACUGUCAUUUCCAGCCUGCGCCACUUCACCAGCUACCAGAUCGAGGUCCACGCCUGCAACCACCUGACCGAUCCGGCCCGCUGCAGCAUGGCAGCGUAUGUCAGUGCCCGCACACUGCCUGAAGACAAAGCUGAUGACAUUGAGGGUCCCAUCAGAUACGAGGUGACAGAAAAUGCAGUGCACGUCACGUGGCAGGAACCGGUGUCCCCAAAUGGUAUGAUCAUCCUGUACGAGGUCAACUACAAGAGGCUGGGAGACACAGAGGAGCUGCACUACUGCGUGUCAAGGAACAUGUACAGAGAUACCCGGGGCUGCAAGCUGAAAGUGAUGCAUCCUGGGAACUACACGGUGAGGAUCAGGGCCACCUCGCUGGCCGGGAACGGAUCCUGGACCGAACCCACGUACUUCUACAUCCAGGAUUCAAGCGAUCCUCUCUACGUCGUGAAGAUCAUUAUUGGACCGAUCAUCUGCUUUGUCCUGCUGCUGUUUGUGGCCGUGGCAGGAUUCGUCGUUUUCAGGAAGAAUCAAACUCAAGGACCUAGUGGUCCCAUCUACGCCUCUUCAAACCCAGAGUAUCUCAGUGCUAAUGACAUGUAUGAGGAGGACGAGUGGGAAGUGGGCAGAGACAAGAUCCACAUUUUGAGGGAACUGGGUCAGGGCUCCUUCGGCAUGGUCUACGAGGGCAUCGCCAAGGACAUCAUCAAGGGCGAGGGGGACAUGCACGUAGCGGUGAAGACGGUGAACGAGUCGGCCAGCCUGAGAGAAAGAAUUGAGUUCCUGAACGAGGCCUCGGUCAUGAAGGCCUUCAGCUGCCACCAUGUGGUGCAUCUGCUGGGUGUUGUGUCUAAAGGCCAGCCCACCCUGGUGGUGAUGGAGCUGAUGACCCACGGAGACCUGAAGAGCUUUCUGCGCUCUCUACGACCGGACGCUGAGAACAACCCCGGGCGUCCACCGCCCACUCUAAAGGAGAUGAUCCAAAUGGCCGCUGAGAUCGCCGACGGCAUGGCUUACCUUAACGCUAAGAAGUUUGUCCACAGAGACCUGGCAGCCAGAAACUGCAUGGUAGCUCACGAUCUUACCGUCAAAAUAGGAGACUUUGGAAUGACUAGAGACAUCUACGAGACGGACUACUACAGGAAGGGAGGGAAGGGCCUGCUGCCCGUCCGGUGGAUGGCACCUGAGUCUCUGAAGGACGGGGUCUUUACCGCAAAUUCAGACUGCUGGUCAUUUGGGGUUGUGCUUUGGGAGAUCAGCACGCUGGCCGAGCAGCCGUACCAGGGCCUGUCUAACGAGCAGGUCCUCAAGUUUGUCAUGGACGGAGGCUACCUGGACCGGCCAGACAACUGCGCUGACAGACUACACAACCUGAUGCAGAUGUGUUGGCAGUACAACCCCAAGAUGCGUCCUGCCUUCCAGGAAAUCAUUGAGAUGCUACGCGAGGAUCUGCAUCCUUCCUUCCAGGAGUUGUCCUUCUUCUACAGUGAGGAGAACAAGCCACCCGAGACCGAAGACUUUGACCUGGACAUGGAAAACAUGGAGAGCAUCCCACUGGACCCAUCGUAACCCUA